UUCAUUUAUUUUGUCUAAAGAAACUAUAAACCCUAAACCAAAUUAAGAGAACAAAAGAAAGCCGUGUUUGACAAGAUGCUAAAGCUUCGUAGCUUCUGCAAUGGCGUCCAACCACUCUACUUCAUCCAGUCUUUCCGCCAUUUUCAACUGUUUUCAACUUCAACCUCAAACAACCAAGAGUUUGUCAAUUAUUUAGUAGAAUCUCUAGGUUUUUCCAGCGGACAAGCUCUCUCUAUUUCCACCAAAUUAGCUCGCAAUCGUCAAACUAGAGGUGCAAAAAAUUUCAAUGACUUCAAUAUGUGUAAAAAUGCUGAUUCAGUUGUUGCUUAUUAUACACAAAUUGGUGUUGAAUUAUUGCAUAUAAAAAAUACAAUUUGUUCUGUGCCUGACAUUUUGCUAGCCAAAGUCGACAAAAACCUAAAACCUAAGACUGAAUAUUUUAUUAGUUUGGGUUUUUCUGGGUCUGAUUUUGUUGGUUUGAUCAAGACGAAUCCUCGUGUACUUUUCCAUGGAUUAAAUACUGCCAUUAUUCCCUCAAUUCAAGCAUUAAAGGAAAUAAUGGGUAAUGAUUAUGAAGUGAGUUUAAUUUUAAAGAAAUCGCGUCAAUUUAGGCUUAAUAGUGUUUCCAAAACUUUGGUGCCAAAUGUAGCUUUGUUAAGGAAUUAUGGGAUCAACAUUGAUUUGAUUAGAAGACAAAUAUUAAAGGUAGCAUACCCAUUUUUCCGAAAUACCAAAUUUUUUGAGGAUGCAGUGGCUAGAGUUGAAAAUAAAAUGGGGAUUUCUAGAAAUUCUCCAAAAUUCAUGUUGGGAGUUCAUUUAUUAAAGAGCAUUUCGGUGGAGAAAUUCGAGUCAAAAAUACAGAUUUUUAAAAACUUUGGGUGGACAGAGCUGGAUAUUGUAACCCUUUGUAGGAAUGCUCCUUUAACGUUUGCACUUUCUGAAGCUCUGAUCAAGAUUAAGUUGGAUUUUUUCAUGACUAAGCUUGGUUAUGAGUCGAAGGACUUUAGUAAGAAGUUUUUUCUUUUAGGAUUGAGCUUGGACAAGAGAAUAGUACCUAGGCACAAGUUCCUUGUAGUCUUAAAGGAGAAAGGUUUCAUUAAGGAGUACUAUCUUGAUAGGGCCAUAAAAUUGAGCGAGUCCAACUUUGUGAAGAAGUUUGUGCUACCGUUCAAGGAAGUCCAUGAAGUUUAUUGCAAACAAGCGAAUAUGAGUUUGGAGACGUUAACUGUGGAAUUGUCAAAACUGAAUUCUGAUGUUGUUUGAUGGUAGCAUAAGUGUACAAAAAACUCCCUUUGUUUCCUUUGAAUUUGUUAUAACGUUGUAGCAAAUUCAAAGGACAUAGUAUGCAAUUUUUAUUUUGGUGAUUUUGGCAUUUGCUAAGUGCCAA